AUGAGCUUCGGUCGCCCACCCGGCUUCAGCAUGUCCACGGUCUUACCGCCGGACCGUGGCUCCUUCCCGCUUGAUCACGAGGGGGAAUGCAAGCAGGUCAUGACCGAGUAUAUGCGAUGCAUGAAGGAGAAUCGUCAGGACAACGGGAAAUGUAGACACCUCAGUAGAAGGUAUUUGGAGUGUAGGAUGGAGAAAGGACUAAUGGAGAAGGACGAGAUGAAAAAUCUGGGCUUCCAAGGGAACGAGGAACCUGCUAGCGUCAAGGCGGCGCAGGCAGCUGCGCAGGCAUCGGCGGCAUCGUCCGGAUCGUACUCAUCACAGACGCCA